CUCUCUCUCUCUCUCUCUCUCUCUCUCUCUGUCAUGUGGCCACUCCGGAGGAUCAACAGCGCCCCUCCAAGGCCAAGGCCGCCAGGACCAAGGAACUUCUCCUGCUCCUCCUUCAAGGACAUCCAGUACCUCUGCACCGAAGAGGCCGAGCCCCAAACUGGAUCCGGAUCCGACUCCCCGAGGAGCCCCACCAUUUUCCACCGGCCCCGGAUCUUCAGCUGGGCCCACCGCAAGGCCGCCGUGUCACCGCCACCCACUCGCGGCCACCACCACUCUUCUCCCUCGUCCCUCGAGUCCAAACUCCUCCCCGGCUCCUCCGACAAGGAGAAGCCCGCCGUCGUGGUCUACUUCACCAGCCUCCGCGUGGUCCGCAAGACCUUCGACGACUGCCGCGCCGUCCGGUCGAUCCUCCGCGGGCUCCGCGCCCCCGUCGACGAGCGGGACCUGUCGAUGGACUCCAGGUUCGUGGCGGAGCUGCAGGGGAUCCUGGGCCGCAGGAGGCUGUCCCUCCCCUGCGUCUUCGUCCGCGGGCGGCUCGUGGGCGGGGCCGAGGAGGUCCGGAAGCUGCACGAGAGCGGGGAACUGAGGGCGCUGGUCGCCGGCGUCGCGUCUCCGGCGGCGGGGCCCGGCCCGUGCCGCACGUGCGGAGGGCUGAAGUACGCAGUGUGCGAGCGGUGUAGCGGGAGCCGCAAGAUCUACUCGGACAAGCACGGGUUCAAGAGCUGCAAGGCCUGCAACGUCAACGGCCUGAUCAGAUGCCCCUCUUGCUCCUUUGCCGCACCUGAUCUCGACCCAAUUUGCUUCGCUUAAUAAGCCCAUGACAUAUUCGUCC